AUGUCGUCAUCGUCGCCAUCAUUAUCAUCUUACCUACGCAUACCUGCACAUAGCUGUACUGUUCCCUUAUUGGACUCUGAUGUUCAGAAAAGGCUUUUCCUUCCAGAUGGUACUGAGGGAAAAAUAUGUGUUCCACAUGGUGUAUGUGGAGAAGCAGCAAAACUCUAUUCACUGAUUCAGCCUUUUAAAAAAGACUAUCAGAUAACUACAAAAACUGGCCAAGAUGGAAAAUACUUUACUGAUCUAUGCAAAGAAUCUGACAGUCUAGAACACCAAUUUUUAGUGCAUGCAGAGGAAGAAACCUGGAAGCAGAACUGGAGUCUGUGUACUGAACAUACGGAUAAACAUGACAUCAAGUUUACAGAAUUGUCACCACUGCUUAAAGAAAUAUUGCAGAAAAACCAUGUACAGCACAGCUUGAAUGAAAGUGAGGUGAAAAGACAGGUGGAAGAAAACACUGCUUUGCAGGAGAAACUUUUUGAAGCAGAGAUGGCAAUUAAUUUAGCAGAAAAGUUUUUGCCAACUUUUAAAGACCUCGUUGAUAGAAAGACAAAUGUGUUUAAACUUUCUACGUCAGAGAUGACAAUUAUUGCUAUACAAGAAGAUUUGCUGAUAAAAGAAUUAGAAACGCUCAAAAGCAUGAAAAGAUUGUUAUGGCUUUUACUGCAGACAACAGAAUGUAAACAUUUAAGUAGUAAAAACAUUGACACCUUGGUGCAAAAGUUAAGUGAAAAUGAAACCCAAAAUACUAAUCUCAGGAGAGAAAUGCUUGAAAGAGAAAAUCAUGUUAAAGAACUUUCAUCCAGACUUCAGCUUGAAAAAGUCAAUGUACUGAAAGCCGAUCACAUGACAAGAUCAGUAAAGGCAGUACAAACUCACCUGCAACGUCAGAUUCGGAAAAAAGAAGUGGAGAAUGAUGAAUUAAAAGUGAAAAUACAGACCCUGGAAAAGAAAAUAGCAGAGUGGAAACUUCAAGCUGGUGAAUGCAAGCACCAGAUUUUGUCCUUAAGGCAAAAAAGUGAGCAAAAGAAGACUGCUCUGAAAAAAGCAAACAGGUCCCAGAAAAAAAAAGCUGAACGCUUUGAAACAGUUGUGGAAAAUAUAACCUCCAGAAUAAGAGAACGUGAAGUUGAACUGUCUGAGAUACUGUCCACUUCCAAUGUCUGGAAAAAACAGCAUGAUAAGAUGGUAGAGGAAAAGACAAUGUUAGAAAUUCAAAGAGAAGAUCUUAAGAAGCAGAUUACAAGCCUUUUGGAAGAUCUGAAGAAAAAAGAGGAGUGCAGAAGAAACUCAAAUGAGGAAAUUCUUGCCAAGCUAAGCUCUAUUAACUCUGAAAAUGAGAACAUCAACCUGGAAAAUGAAAAAUUAGAGGCUUCCCUUGCUGUGUUGAAAACCAGUAGUGUUUCAGUUGAAACUGAACUGCUAGACCUGCAAGAAAAAGCAAAGCUUCAGAAAAACCUUGUUGAACAGUAUAAAAAUCAGGUGCAAAAAUUACAAACAGAAGCAGAAGAACAGAAAUCUAGAUAUGAGACAGUAUUAAAUGAAAACAAAACAAUAACAGAAACUAAAUGCUUAGAAGUAGAUAAGGUGAGGAGCAAAAUGGAGGCUGACUUAAAUGAGUUAGAACAUGUUCGUGACUUGCUGAAAGCAGCUGAAGAAAAGCUGCAAGAAUAUCAGGAAGACCUUAUGUCCUGUCAAAGGAUUCACGCACAGAAGUGCAAAACUCUUAGGGAGCUGCAGGUUCAGGAGGAAGAUAAUAUAGCUUUCUUGGGCAGUCAUUCUUUGGAAGAAGAAAACUAUAACAUUCAGAAGAAAUACGAAGAUCUUAAAAGACAGUUAGAAAAGAUGGAAUUUCAAAAUGAAGAAUUUGCUAAUCAGCUUGCAAAACAAGAUGAGAGUCUUCAGUGCAGUAAAUUACAGCUUACAGAGAAAACUGCAGAGUGUGAUGGUUUAGCCAGACAACUGGAAUCUGCUUUGGAAGAUGGGAGAAAAAUGGUAUCUGAAGAAAUGGAAAGAAUAUCAUACAAGCAACAAGCCCUUCAGACAAAAAUGCUAGUUCUUGAAACUGAAUUAAGAAAGAGAGAAGAAGAGAAAAAACAACUUCUCUGCAUGUUUUAUCAUAAUGAAAAGCACCAGGAAGUGUGCUUAAAAGAACUGGAGAACAGCCUGCAGAAGUCAGAAAACAAGACUCAGAGCAUGCAGAAUUAUUUGGAGUUUUUGAAAGCCUCAUAUGUAACAAUGUUUGGCUGA